AUGCCAAGAAGCGUUGCCAAGACGGUUAUCUCGGAGAGUUGGCAGUUUCCAACCCUGGGCUCCCAAGACUUUUCGAUGGGAGUCUUGGAAGAGCCUCCAGAGGCUGCAGAGCGUUAA